UAACGCUGACUGAGGGAAAGCUUCUUGAUGACAGGAGGGAGCCCUGGUAACACUGACUGAGGGAAAACUUCUUGAUGACAGGAGGGAGCCCUGGUAACGCUGACUGAGGGAAAGCUUCUUGAUGACAGGAGGGAGCACUGGUAACGCUGACUGAGGGAAAGCUUCUUGAUGACAGGAGGAGCCCUGGUAACGCUGACUGAGGUAACGCUGACUGAGGUAACGAUGCCUGAUGACUGGAGGAGCCCUGGUUACUUCGACUGAGGUAACGCUGACUGAGGUAACGCUGACUGAGGUAACGCUGACUGAGGUAAAGCUUCACACGCUGCUCGCCGACUCUAGUGGAGAUCGCACUCCAGCGUGUGCGAUCCCAGCCGACUUAGUGAGGGCUGGCUGCUCAGAGUAAGCCGGCUCAGAGGCCUUCACUGAGGCCGGCUUCAUAAUCUGCCGGCUGGUCAGCGGUGGCACUGCGGCUUUACCCUCAUUGAUUAGCUGUUCUGUCACCUCCCAUAGUCUCUCGCUCGCUCUUGCUGCUGCUGCAGGUGAGGGUGGUUCUCCCAGGGUUCCCCUCACCCUGUGGUUCUCCCAGGGUUCCCCUCACCCUGUGGUUCUCCCAGGGUUCCCCUCACCCUGUGACCUGCCAGAGGGAGGGGGGAUGCGGGGGGAGAGAAGGUGCUUCUCAUGAUGAAUAAAGGAGUGGUGGGGGUGGGGUGGGAUGGUGGGAGACGGUUCCUCAGCAAAUGGUUCAGGGUUUGUGGACCAUCUGCUUCACGCUGCGGCUCUCCCUAGUCCUCCUCUCUCCCCCUCUGCUCUCCCUAGUCCUCCUCUCUCCCCCUCUGCUCUCCCUAGUCCUCCUCUCUCCCCCUCUGCUCUCCUAGUCCUCCUCUCUCCCCCAGACUUGUGUUGCAUACCUGACCCCCCCCCCCCCUGCAUUGCACCAGAGGCAGUAAGGGAAGAUACUGUCGUCCGUGUGUCUCAGCCCGGUGGAGAUCCCAGGGAGCAGCCCAUCUUCACCACCAGGGCCCAUGUGUUCCAGAUCGACCCGACCACCAAGAAGAACUGGGUUCCUGCCAGCAAGCAGGCGGUCACCGUUUCCUACUUCUACGACAGCACGCGAAACAGCUACCGCAUCAUCAGCGUGGAUGGCUCGAAGGUGAUCAUCAACAGCACCAUCACCCCCAACAUGACCUUCACCAAGACCUCCCAGAAGUUUGGCCAGUGGGCCGACAGCAGGGCCAACACAGUCUUCGGCCUUGGCUUCGGCUCAGAGCAGCAGCUUGCGAAGUUUGCUGAGAAGUUCCAAGAGGUGAAGGAUGCGGCGAAACUGGCCAGAGACAAAUCUCAGGAGAAAAUGGAGACAUCAAGCAAUCACUCCCAGGAGUCGGGGCGUGUGACCCCCUCCAACCCCUCCACCCCCCAGGCCUCCAGCAUCAACGGGACCGACGAUGAGAAGAUCUCCCACGUGGGCCCCGAGGCUGCCUUGCUCAUGAGCGAGAACGACCGCCUCAAGACCGCCGUGGAACAGAGCAACACCAACGCCAAGAAGUGGGAGACGGAGCUCCAGACGCUGCAGGAGAGCAACGCGCGGCUGGAGGACGCGCUGACUGAGUCCUCGGCCAACGUGGAGAGCUGGAAGAAGCAGCUUAGCGUCUGCAAGGAGGAGAGCGACGCUCUGCGGGACAAGAUCAGUGAGCUGGAAGCCCAGUGCAAGGAGGUCAGCCUGGAGCAGGAGAGGAACGCUCAGCUGACCGCCAAGGUGCAGGAGCUGGAGGCGGAGCUACAAGACAAGGAACAGGAGCUGCAGAACCUGCGGAAGCAGGCGGAGAUCAUCCCUCAGCUCAUGGCCGAGUGUGAGAGCAUCACCGAUAAGCUACGGACUGCCGAGACGAAGAACGUGGAGCUGGACGGCCGGAUAGGAGGCCUGCAGGCCGAUGCGGAUGAGAACCGGCAGAAGCAGGGCGACAUGCAGGGCGAGCUCAAGAAGUUCAUGGACAUCCUGGACGGGAAGAUUGACGAGCUGCACGAGUUCCGCCAGGGCCUAUCCAAGCUGGGGGUGGGCAACUAGAGGUCAAGGGUCAAAGCAUUCUACUAACCCUAACCUCGAGGUCAUCCUCCCUCUUUCCCUCACCAAAUGGUGUGGUCCAAUCUCAACAAUUAGGUUUUCCAAAAAGAAUCGAAAUGAACAAAAUUAUUGCAGAAAGUGUGGUUAAAAUGUGUGGAGGGAGAGGGCUUGGCUGACUUAGGAGGAUGGAGUCGUGUUCUUUGUGUUGAGCUUAACGUAGGGACCUUCCCCGCUGCUGUGUUCUGGGGAGGGGGGGCUGGGUGCUGGAGGACAGGGUGGGUGGCGGGUUCGGGCCCUUGGACUCUCGUCUCUGUGAUUCCGUUUUUUUUUUCAGCCCCAGGAUGGUUUGUACCAGGUCAACAAAGCCAGGCUUGCUUUAUGAACAAAAGGGCUAACUGACAUCCCCCCCUGAUGGACCCUGACCCCCCUGAGGGGAGAACCCGGCCGAGCCCCCGCCCCCCGUCUAUCUCAGGUGUUUGAAGAGUUUGUAUUUAGGUUAGGAUACACACACAGACACACACACACACACACGAUUGAAGGUCACGAAUCAAGUGCCUCCGGGCGGCGCCAUCCCACCCUCCCACCGUCUCACCCCCUCAUCUCCCUCAACCUCCCACCCCCCACUCUGGCCGAGGGAUAACAUCAUGACAAUGACAUCAUAGUGACAUCACUACCAAGCAGAUGUUUUUUGUGGAGGAAAAUCAUGUUCAUCACAAAGAAAGAUUUUUUUUCAACCUAACUUUCAUUGUAGGGUAAAGGGAGAAGGUGCCAGAACAUUUAUUUACCAAUGCCUCUGACAUUGAGGUCAGAAUCAAACGCUGGCUCAGACGUCUUAUACACACAAGACAGCAAUAGGAUUCCAAAGGUUUGCUGCCAUCCUUGAAGACACGUUUAUUUGCAUUAAGAGGGAAAUUUGACUUAUUUUUCCAGAGUUCUUCAUCCAAAAAAUACUAGUAUACUGUAUGAACCCCUUUUGCCUUCAGUGAAGUGAUCAAAAUACCUUUUUUGUGUUUUGCAUGUUUGACGAUAUUUGUGCUUCCCAUACAAGCUUUCUAUGGGUGGUGCUGGGAAUCUGUGCUGCUACAGGGAUAAUAAUGUGAACAGGAACUUCAUAGCAAGGAUAGAGAGGGCUGGGGCCUUCGAUCUAAAAUUCUGGAUUAUGUUUUUCUUCCUCGUUUGAUUUACAACUUUAUUUAUUGGUGCCUAUUAAGAAGUCGUUUUUCUAGAAUCAACCCUGAACUCGAACACUACCUUAACCCAAAAUGUAUUUCUGUGCAAAUACAAUGUAUAAUAUAUGUAUUCAUACCAGAUCUAUGGCUUCUGAACUUCUUUAUUUUUUUGAUAAUAGAAUAACUUAAUUGCAGGACGGUGUCUGAGUAUAAAGAAGGGAAAUAUACCGCGAGUGUAAUCUGUUUGGAUCCCGUUUAAAUCUCUUGCUGAUUGGUUGGCAGAAGCCAGAACACUUCUCGUGAUCAUCUCCUUUUCCCAUCUCCUGCCCUCCUUUCGUGAGCCAAGUUCAACAUUGUACCACAGAAAUGACAAUUGUUUAAAAUUUAGUUUAAUUACUA